AUGUUUCCACUCAACCCUGCCUUUGCAAAAGUUCCAUCCUACUUUGUCGUCACGCAGUAUGUCAGACCGUGCCCAGGGUUUCGACCUGGAAAUGUCGUGGUGCCGACAAAUGCAGAGGAGGAACCUUACGAUUUCCUGGAGGAGGAAGAGAGCCAAAUUGAAAUCACGCGUAACGACUCCAGGUCGAAGGGGAAGAAGCGUGCUCCUGUCGAGAUUGACAUCCUCAUCUCCUCGAAUCCGUGGCCCUCGCAUGCCUCUAGUACGCCUGAUCCAGAUCGCGUACCAUUCUCCGCAAAUAUCGCGGCCCCACUGCAACGAACCAAGCUCAGUGAUCCAUUUCCGUAUCGGACCUUUGGUGAGCCGCUGCCACCGAAGGAGCCGCCACCAACACUCGGAAAUUACUUUGGUAUGCGAAGUGUAGAGCUACCCCGACUGCUGGAUGAAAAAUAG